AUCAAUCAAUCAAUCGACUUCAUCAAUUUCAAGUUGAUGUUUGAUGCAAGGCCAUUUCAAGGCUGCCCACGGGCUUUAUUAUUGCGCAAUUGCAUCACGCAAGUCUGGUGAUAAAAUUAUUAUCUUUUCGGAUUAAGCCGGUCUGGGUUUUUGAUAAAAUAAUUAUCUUUUCGGAUUUAGCCGGUCCACGUUUUUGAUAAAGUCUUUAUCACUGCGUAUUAAGCUUCUACAUUAUCCUAGAACAUCCAUAAUCUGCGUUAUUAUCAGAAUUUGUUACAUUUAAUUGAAUAAAUAUUUACAGUUAUUGUUCUCUUUACCCUUACCGGCUGUUUCUUAAAAUUGUCCGAUUUUCACGUGUCAGACUUAGUUUUUGAAAUGGUUCAUUCAAGUAAAGCCAGAUCUAGAGGUUCUUCUUCAAGCAUUGAGUUCCUCCCACCUGAUUUACCUAGUAAAUGUACUUGGCAUUUGGAUGUGUCUGAAAAAUCGGUACAUAAUCAUACCUCCAGAACUUUUAAGCCUGAAAGCCCCAAAAUCCUCCCUAAUGUUUUGCAUGCAAUUGGAAAUACUCCUAUGAUAAAAUUGAAUCAUAUACCUCAGGAAUAUGGAUUGAAAUGUGAAUUAUUAGCAAAAUGUGAGUUCUUUAAUGCUGGAGGAAGUGUAAAGGAUAGAAUCGCUGUGCGCAUGAUUGCAGAAGCUGAAAGAGAAAAGAAAAUCUCUUCUGGUGCAACUUUGAUUGAACCAACUUCAGGCAACACUGGAAUUGGAUUAGCUCUGGCAGCUGCAGUUAAGGGAUAUAAAUGUACUAUAGUAAUGCCCGAAAAGAUGAGCAAUGAAAAAGUGUCUGUUUUGCGAGCUCUUGGAGCGGAAAUCAUCCGAACACCCACUAAUGCACGUUAUGAUGCCCCAGAAUCUCAUAUUAGUGUUGCACAAAAAGUCAACACUCAAAUUCCAAAUAGCAUCAUUUUGGAUCAGUAUCGGAAUCCUGGUAACCCUCUCGCACAUUAUGAUGAUACUGCAGAAGAAAUACUUUAUCAGUGUGAUAAUCGUAUUGAUAUGCUGGUCAUUGGAGCUGGAACUGGUGGCACCAUUACUGGAAUUGGCCGUAAAAUAAAGGAAAAAUGUCCUGGUUGCAAGAUUGUCGGUGUUGAUCCGUAUGGAUCCAUAUUAGCUGAGCCAGAAUCCUUAAAUUCAUCUGAUCAAACAUCAUAUCAAGUUGAAGGCAUUGGAUAUGACUUUAUUCCUACAGUUCUGGAUCGUUCUGUAGUUGACAAAUGGAUCAAAUCAGAGGAUAAAGAUUCUUUUCAUAUGUCAAGAUUGCUGAUUAAGAAAGAAGGACUGUUAUGCGGUGGCAGUAGUGGAAGUGCAGUGAGUGCAGCUGUUAAAGUUGCACAGGAAUUAAAAGAAGGCCAAAGAUGUGUAGUUAUUUUGCCAGACGGAGUUCGAAAUUACAUGACUAAGUUUCUCUCUGAUAGCUGGAUGACAGAACAAGAAUUCAUUAAUAUUGAUUUGGAGAUGAGUGCUAAACAUUGGUGGUGGGAUACUAGAGUGAGCAGCCUAAAUCUUGCAGAACCUUUAACUAUUCUACCACAUAUGUCUUGCCAAGAUGCCAUUGAAUUAAUGAAUAAGGAGGGUUAUGAUCAAUUACCUGUUGUUGAUGAUACUGGAGAGAUCAAAGGUAUGGUUACUUUAGGAAAUCUGAUGGCUAAAAUUGUUGCUGGAAAAGUAUUAUCAAGUGCUUUAGUUUCAGAAGUGCUAUAUACCACUCUCAACAAGAUCACUCUAGAUACAACUCUGGGCCGCUUAUCUAGGAUAUUAGAGUCAGGACAUUUUGCUCUUAUUGUUCACAAUCAGAGACAAUGUGGAGACAAAGAAAAAAUUGAAACAAAACAGAUUGUUAUUGGUGUUGUGACUCGGAUAGAUCUCAUCAAUUUUAUUACAAAUGAGGGAGAAAGUAGAUCUAAGUCCCAUUCAUCAGCAUCAGCUACUCCAUCACUUGAAAGUGAUGAAUAAAAUUAAUCAUUCAUUCAAUGAUUUAACAUUUUGCACAUUUGUUUGAAGUUUUAUUGCACAUUUGUUUAAAAUUAUUUAUUCAUGUUUUGAUAUUGUAAGCCAAUUUGCACUAUUAAAAAUGUAAGUUUCUUUAAAAUGUAGAAUGUAUUCAGAAUUAGUUUGGCCCAAUAAAUUUUCGAUCUAUUAUUUUUUUUCUUCAAAUUAUUAAAUAGCUUUUUCAAUCAAUUCAGUUUUUUAAUUAUUAAAAUUUUCUUUCUUCUCAAAAGAAAAAUAUUAGUACAUUUUUAAUGCAGUUUCUAUUUCAAAUUUUUUAGUUUCGUAUUACAAUCAAGUAAUUAACUCUUUAAUUGUGUUUGAGAUUCUUGCUAAAAGAUAAUUUCUUUGGAUGAUAUUAAUCCUUUAAAUAUUAGUCUUGAACUCUGUUGUAGGAUCAAUUAGACGCCAUCAUGGGUAAAAGGAUUGAUAAUUGUAUUAAUCAAAGUAAAUCAGUUUCAUUUUUUAUUUUUAUGUUGAAAAAAAAUGCUCUUCGUAAGGUUUUCUAGCGACAAACAUAUGGAAUUCUAUUUUGUUCUUAACAUCUAUCUAUGAAAGUGUAUUUUUGUUGAAUAUAUUCCUCUAUUUUUUCUAUUAUUUUAGAAAUAAGUGUUUGGGCACCAGUCCUUUUAUCAUUUAAUGAUCAAGUGAUGUAAAGAAAAAUAAAUUUUAUGUUCCAUUGUUAAAUUUUUCAUAUAUUUUAUUAGUAAUUUGCAUUGUGAAUUAUGUUUAUAUGAUCAGUUUUUUCCCAACAAUCAGGAUUUUAAAAUUGUAUGAAAAAUGGCCUUAAUUCUAUGCUAUUUUAGUAGUCUUUUAUUUGUAUUCUAAAUUUAAGUUUUUGUAUAUUAAGCUUUUUGAAAUUAGUUGCGUUUAAUUUCUCUCAUUGAUAUUAAUAAAAUUUAUGCCACACAAAUUGAGAGUUACGUGUUGAAGUUUUAAAGUUUCUAAGCUUAGUUUUUAAUGGAACAAAUAUUUUUCAAAAAAAAAAAGGAUGUAAAGAUAUCCCACCUUGUUAUUCAUUUUGUGUUGGUAAAUGUUUUUAAAAAUGGGAAAAAUUGUUCUGCCAUCAAAAAUGUUUGUUAAAACAUGAAGAUUUAAUUGCUCUAAAUAUAAAAUUCGAUAUCAACAGUUAUUAACUAUUGCGUGUAAUUUUUAUUCAGGAAAAACUAAAUCACUUUUCUUAAUUUUAUGCUAGAAUGGUUUUUAUUAUCUGUCUAAAAAUUUAUUUCAGUUUUUAAAAUUAUGAUCAUGUGAUAUUUUAUGCUAUAAAAUUUAUAUUUCUUGUUAGCAGGAAAACAAUUGUUAUGGUUUUAUGCGUUUCAAUCUUUGUGAUGGUCAAGUGCAGUUCUUAAAAGAAACUUUUUUUAGAAGCUGGUAAUGAUUAAUCCCUAUUGAUUAAUUUUACCUUCUUAAUACAUAUCUGUCUGCAUAACGGAAAUUUGUUAUUUAAUUGUCAAUCACCAGUUACCAAAUGAGGAAAAUUCAUCAUUUGGAUAAUGCAGAAAUGCUGUAGAUAGUUAAUUAUCAAAAAAUUGAAUUACAGUGCAAACAGUGCUAGACUUAUAUGUGUUAAAAAUAGCUAGCUACAAAGUUGAAAAUAUGCAUCUUUGUUUCAGGAUUAGAAAUUUUUAUUGAAUUAUCUCAAUUAUUAACUGAAUAUUUUGAUAUUAAAUGUAAUUUUUAAACUUAUCUUUUUCAAGCUUUAUCUUUUUUGAAUCAUAAUAAUUCUACAAUCAAAAAUCAGUAUAUCUAUUAAAUAUUUUAAAUUGUUUCAAAUUUAAAAUUGUUUAAGUAAGUUUUAGAAGGAUAAGAAACGUUAGUUCAUUUCAUUAUCCUAAAAAAUUUAAACAAUUUGUUUCAAUGAAAUUACUAUUAAUAGACAUAAUGCUAACAAUUGUAAAUGGGAACAACUUAUACUUUAUGGUGUGUACAUUCUUUUUCUUUUUUUGAAUCUAUAAAUAAUUUUUGGAAAUAAUACAAUUUACUUUUUGGCAGUAUAUCCUUUUUUAUAUUCUUUUCCGUCAAACUUUCAAGGAUACUAAUAUUUUUUAUUGAAUUAAUAACAGUAAUCAAAUUCAGAAUGUUAAAUUUAAUUUGAUCAAACAAUGUAGAAAUGUACAUUUGAACAAAUAAAUUACAGAUGAUCAA